AUGGCCAAGUUCGUGGACGACAUUGUCCUUCCUAAUGCCACCGUCACCGCCAUCCGCCACCGCGACCAACUUUGCACCGCCGACAGGAGGGAGACAUGGUUUCUUAGUCUGAUGCUACCUGCCACCAUGAAGUGCACGGAAUGGAGCGGCCUGGCUCUGAAUGAUCCUGCACGUUGUGAGCAUCGAGCCCCCUGUGAGAAGUUGCUGGCAUUUGAAUCCACUGAUAGCGGAAGGAGGUUUCUAGGUUGUGCAAAAAAGGAUGGAACCAAGUGCAACUCUAUGGAAUGGAUUGACUCUGAGUGGCCAAUCCCAUUGAAGCAAGCUUUAGCUAGGAUUUGGACUAUGUAUGAGAAGGAGGUGACCGAGAGAUUGAGACAAAAUGUAGUUAAUGUUGAAGAAGUGUGCAAGGUAUUGGAAUAUAAGAGGAAGAUGGAAAAUGAUCCGAUGUUCUUUACAGAUGACUUUGCUAAAAUGGUGGCUGACAAGGAGGAUGCAAUUGCCCAGUUACGCAAUGUACAGAUAGCUCUUAGUGACCUGAAGGAAUACCUUGAGAAAAAGAAGUUGGUUGUGAAAGCAGACACUAACAUCCAUCAGGUGCUAAGGGCCAAAGCAGAGAAAUAG